AUGGCCGCUGAGGACUUUGUACAUGUGCUCGAGCAGAAACAGAAGCGCGGUUUUGCGCCUUGGCGCCUCCACCAGAUGUUUUGCGUCCAAAUUCUGAAAUUCUGGCAUUUAUGUUCCCUUGGCACGGGUGCAGAAAAGGUCGAAUCGGCAUUCCAGCUCAAAGUGCAUCAGCUCCCACCGCUGCUGCCGUGGGGAGAGAGGAGCUACAUUCAAGAUUGA